AAGUGAAAUGAUGAAUUCGUAUAGAAUGGCUUUAAAUUUCACGAACAAAUCUGAGGAAUACUUGAAACAAGGCAUGGCCAAACAUUUAAUGGCUGACGUUGUGGUUCUUUCUUUAUAUCUUAUUAUUUGUGUGAUAGGAAAUAGCAUUGUUCUAGCUGUAUACAGAUUUCAAAUGAAAGGUAAAUCAGAAGAGAGAUAUUUCAUCCCAUUUUUAGCUGUGGCAGAUAUGCUGACAUGUUCUGUGUGCUCCAUUAAUAAUAUAAUUCUAAAUAUGAUAGAAACAACUUUUACUAACAGUAUUGUUUGUAGAAUAGUGUUUUACUCUUUUGCUGUAACAUCAGGCGUUUCUAUCUUUCUUUUACUUUCCAUUGCGAUACAACGGUAUCUAAUAAUAUGUAGACGUCAAAAGCUUAGUUUGAAAACUCGUAAAAUAAUGGUUAUCGUAUCGGUGUGUUUGUCAGUUGCUUGCUCCGUACCAUAUGCAGUUAACUAUGGCUUAAAUGAACACUUCAUAGAGGGUCGAUUUGCUGGAUACCGUUGUGGUAGACUUAAACAUGGUGUCUACAUCUCUGGAUUAGUGUAUGCCAUAUUUUUCAUAACUCUAAUGGUGUUUACUGUUCUUACACUUGUUUUCCUGUAUGGAAGAAUCGGAUGGGUUAUUUUUAAACAUUUCAAUGCGCAGAAAUUUAAGCAAUCAAAUGUAUCAAAAGAGUCUAGUACAGCAGACAAAUUACCAAACGAUUUGGCUACCAAAAAUCUUCCAAUUAAAACACAAGAACUGAAAAAUAUCGACAUUUCAUACACCAAAUCAGCAGUCAGUUUGGAUUGUAAGAAUAAUGCAAGUAUCGAACCAACUCAGUCGUCUGACGUCUUCACAGAAAACACUGUACCUGAAUGUUCAUCUUCCGCCGCGGUUGAACCAACUCAGUCAUCUAACGUCUACACAGAAAGCACUGCACCUGGGUGUUCAUCCUCCGCCGCGCAAAACGAACAUUCUACGCAGCCAAAACACAUUUCAAAACCUAACCGAAUCACGAAAAGAAAAAGACGCUUCAAAAACAAGUUUUCUUUAAUGUUUGUUAUAAUAACUGCUGUGGCAGUCGUGUGUUAUAUUCCAGUGGGAAUGGUUGUUUUGUUAGAAGGCAUAUUUCCAGAUUUUUGGGAAAGGAUGUCUGAAACAGUAGCUGCCACUGUGUUAUUGCUUUACCACACAUACAUUAUUAACAGUAUUCUCAAUCCUAUAUUAUAUACUUUUAUGGAUGCCGAAUUUUCUAGAGCACUUAAAGAGCUUUUCGAAAAAUGUAAAUGUUCUAAAAAAAAAUCCAAAUAAAGUCUUACUA